AAGUAGUUUGGUAAAAUUAUCUUUUGUCCAAAAAACUAAAUUAAUAGUCUUUUUAAUGACAAUUAUCAAUUCUAAUGCAAAGGUUAAUAGAGCUAAAAAAAGUACUGGAAAAGUGACAUAUACAAGUUAUGGCUCCCAAUUAAACAAAGAAUCGAAUGAAAGAAAGAAUCUAGCUUCUGAUUUUAAUAAGCCGAUAUCCAUAGUUUAUGAGCCAGAGAUCGAUCCUAUUGAAGAGAUUAUGGAUCAAGGAGUUCACUCAAGAACAUCUCUUAAAAUGAGCAAUUUGGAACCUUUUAUUAUAGUUUGUCAAGAUGAAAAGUUAAGUAAAACUCAACUUGAUCAUUUAUCAAAACAAUGGGAAAUAUAUGAAUUAUUUAUCAAGGAAUUAGAAUGUCUGAACAAAAAAAUUGCUAAUAAUAUUUUAGGAAAGCAAAAUGAUAACAAUUCCUAUCCACAAAGUUUAAAAACUGAUUAUUCUAUUUCUUCUGAAUAUGAUGAAGAAUCAAUUAAAGAUUCUAAUCCUAACAAAAGAAUUAGAAAGCCAAAGACAAUUUAUUCUCCCCCACACUCGUCACCUUCAACAUACAAUUAUAUUCCUGAUGAUGAUUCUUCCUUAACUAAUGUUAAUGAUUUGAUUGAAGAUGUUAUAUAUUCUUCAAAAAAAAAAAAAACAUUUCUCCCAAAGAUAAAACUUUUGUCAAGUUCACCUUCAACUAUUAGUAGUAAAAAAUCUAAAAAGCCUUUAGGAGUUAUUGAAAAUAAAAUUGCUGAAAACAAUUUACAGACAACAGCCUCGAUUAAUGAUAUAAUAUCUAAAUAUUAUGGGAAACGAGUGGAUUAUAAUAUUCAGUACAAUCAAAACAACUUAAAUAAUCGGUUGCUUACGCCAUUGAAGUGUUCAAAAUGUUCUCUCAUUUUCAACGACAACCUGAAGGCUAUGGUGCAUGUUUUGGGUCAUUUCAAAACACAAUUUGAUAAAAUGUGUUUGGAAGAGUAUAGAUGUAGACAUUGUUUUAGGGCCUUUGAUACUGUGGAGGAUAAGGAAAUUCAUCAGCUAAAAGUGCACUUAUCCACCUUUGACCCGGCCAACAUAUGCAUGUUUUGUGAGCUCCAAUUUUCGAACCUACACGAUUUGAUUCAGCACAUGACUGAAAAGUUUUGCCCCACAGAAGGUCAGGCCAAUAGGAGUCACUCGGUUAAGGAGAUGCCAUUCUGGUGUCAACUUUGCGAAACACAAUCUUCUUGCUAUAUCGAUAUCUUGGUUCAUUUUAAAAAGGAACAUAGAAAUACUCAUUUUGCCUUAUGCCCCUUUUGCUUAGUCGUCAUUAAAAUACCAAGGCAUACAGAAGCUAGCUCACCAUUGGAUGUGUAUGCCAACCACGUAGCGAGACAUAUGACCCCUUCCCCUUCUACACCAGCCCUUGAGGACAUUAUAAAUUCUAACGCCCCGUCAGUGAAGGAUAAACGCAAGCAAAUUCAGUGCGGGUUGUGUCGGCUCAAUUUUUGUCACGUUGAACAAUUCGAUAAGCAUCUCUCUAAGCACCAUGAAACUUUUGGGGGCAAUUCCGAGGGGAAAGCUACUAUUGAGCCCGUUCAAAUACCGCGUAAGCUAGCCGAUUUAUGGUCCUUAUAUUCUGAUCUAGACGAAGGAAUCGAGGACAUGGAUAAUUUACCAAUCGAGAACAAGUCUUUCGCCUCCACUGGUUAUAUACGUAAACCCAAUGUUGAUUUAAAACCGUACAUGACAGAAGAGGAUGUGCAAGAUGCCAAUGUUUCUAAAAGUUUCAUAUCCCAGAAAACCAAAAAACCAUCAUCGGGUGUAUCCCACAAGAAGAAAAAGGUUGUUCCUGCUUCAACUACUCCAAUUAAGACUCCAGUCAAGAAGCUGGAUACGGCGUCACCUCCAAUUAAAAAAGUAUCUCCUCAACUGAGCACCCCAAAGGAGCAGUCUAUUGCUAUCACCAGUAAUCAAUCAAUAAAUGGAACUUGUUCGAAUACCCGAUUUUUCAUGGCUACAGAAAUGAUCAUAGGCAAAAAUUGCUUUGAAUGUCGCAAAUUGGUCAAAAAUACCGAUCAUUUCAGGCGACGUAAAAGGUGCAAGCUAUGUGAAUAUUCUACUUGUUGUUACAGAGCGCUUGACAAACAUCAGAAAAACGCAAAAGCCCACGAUGUCAAUAAUUUUGAAUCUAAUCAUAUCGAUAUUUUAGUACUUAAAUGUUCGAAUUGUGAUAGGAAUUUUGUCGGAGAGAAUGAAUUAAUGUACCAUUUUGCCUCUAACCCACCUUGCAGGCUCAUUGGUAGCGUUAGACUCGUUGAUGAGCAAAAAUCGAAGAAAAGGAGACUUGAUACAUCAAUUGAAACUCCUCCAUCGAUUCUCAAAAAACCUUGUCACCCUUACAACAAAAAAUUGAGAGUUGAAUUUAAUUUGGAACAAACGAUCCCAUUCAAUGAAGAAAGUUCAGACCUAACUAAACCAAUAAUUACGGAAUUUUCUCCUCUAACUGAAAAUGAUAUCAUUUUUACCACAAAUGCCGACAUUAACACAGAAAACUCAUCGAUUUACGAAGAUAAAAUUCAUAUGAUUGCCCCAGUGACUGGGGAUGUAAUUACUUUAACAACUAACACAGUUUCGACUAAAAACACAUGAAUUAUUUAUUUUUUAUUUAUACAAUUUUUUUUUAUUAGUAAAAAAAAUGAUAUUUUCUGUAGAUAUUUUCCUAAUUACAUUUAUAAUUUAUCAAAUUUUAUAUUAUUUUGUAUUGUUACCAGUUACCAC